GGCCACCGCAAAGCCUGCAGUUCUAGGAAGAUGCGGCUUCCGGGAAGGGCUGGGACACAGCGGACAAAAGAUUAGGAGGCGCCUGGCCCCGCCCCGCCCUCCCAGCCCGUCACCCUCGUCCUUCCAGCCUGCUAGCUUCAGAAUCUUUCAGUCCGUCGCCCGUGCGCCCCGGGACCUUGACCUUCGCGUCCUGCCGAGUCCCGAUUCUCGAGCCGCCGUUGCCUCUGGGACAUGGUCCUUUGCAUACAGGGAUCUUGUCCUUUGCUGGCUGUGGAGCAAAUUGGGCAGCGGCCUCUGUGGGCCCAGUCUCUGGAGCUGCCUGGGUCAGCCAUGCAGCCCUUGCCCACUGGGGCAUUCCCAGAGGAGGUGGCAGAGGAGACCCCUGUCCAGUCAGAGAGCGAACCAAAGGUGCUAGACCCUGAGGAGGAUCUGCUGUGUAUAGCCAAGACAUUCUCCUACCUUCGGGAAUCUGGAUGGUAUUGGGGUUCCAUUACGGCCAGCGAGGCCCGACAACACCUACAGAAGAUGCCAGAGGGUACAUUCCUAGUACGAGAUAGUACCCACCCCAGCUACCUGUUCACGCUGUCAGUCAAAACUACCCGUGGCCCCACCAAUGUACGCAUCGAGUAUGCUGAUUCUAGCUUCCGACUGGACUCCAACUGCUUAUCCAGACCUCGAAUCUUGGCCUUCCCAGAUGUGGUCAGCCUUGUGCAGCACUAUGUGGCCUCCUGUGCUACUGACACCCGGAGUGACAGCCCGGAUCCUAUUCCUACCCCAGCCCUGCCUGCACCUAAACAAGAUGCACCUGGUGACUCAACCCUGCCUCUCCCCACGGCUACCGCUGUGCAUCUAAAACUGGUGCAGCCCUUUGUGCGCAGGAGCAGUGCCCGCAGCUUACAACAUCUGUGUCGCCUAGUCAUCAACCGUCUGGUGGCCGAUGUGGACUGCCUGCCGCUGCCCCGGCGCAUGGCCGACUACCUCCGACAGUACCCCUUCCAACUCUGAUGGGGCCAGGCACCCUGCUCUGCCUCACAUAAUUAUAGCCUGGAGGGGACACAAGCCCCAGCUGGACCUGGGUUCCUGCUGUCCCUUCUUCGGUCACCCUGGUGCCUGCAUACAUAGAGCUGGAUCAGAAAGCGCCAGCAAGAACAAGGCAGGUGGAAGAGGGGUUGUCACACAACUCUGAGGUCAGUGCCUCCGGGUCCCAUGUGGCUGUUUGUGGUGAGCCAUGUGUCAGAGCAGAGAGAGACAGGCAGGACCUCAUCUCACCCUGGAGGCUGGACCCAGGCCUCUAUUCACUAGUGUGCCCUAACCACCUGAACUCUGUGUAUUCUCCCAGCCCUGGUUUCACCAUCUGCUGGGUAGGGCAGGCUCCCUACCCAUCUGGAGAGCAGCCAAUCUGUUUCUGGGAGAGUAUCAGCCAGAGGAACUGAGGUUGAUGGUACCAGCCCCUCAUGGGGAAGUAGGCCAGGCUGGUGGGGAGGGGGCUACAAAGUUAAACAGUAUUUAUUUAUUUAUUUUCCUUGUGGGGAUUGGGGGUGGAUUAAUGGCGUGAGCCAUCCCAUUUCUCUGCCCUAAGGCCCGAGUCAGCCAAAGAUCCCCAGCCCUGGUUCUUCCCUGUGGAGAACCCCAUCCACGGAUGUCUUGUUGGGCCCAAAGUAGUCCUGAAUGCCCUGGCCCUGACCACCUGCAUAUGAAUGUGCCCACUCCCUUUUUCCCCUAGCCUCUUCGGGAGGCUGGGUAACCAGACAAACGGGAGCCAGAAACACGGAGCUCACACUCAUCUCCUCUGGGGGCAAUGCCAUGGCUUCACAGAGCUGGCUUCUCUGUGGUGCAGCCCCUGCAGAGGGCACGCUCUGGGUCAGGAAGGGGAUGCUGGCUAGGGCUGCUGCUGCAGCUCUUCAGCGUCUGCUUCCUGCCCAGGAAGUUGCCCACAUGUGAGAGAGGGAGAAAUGCAUACCUAACGAGACUUUAUAAAACAAUUAUUAUAGCACAAAAACCAGUUUGGUAGUUUCUCUUCCACUGAUUUUUCUGUAUCGAUAAUAAAAUUAUGCCUUCCAUUUA